AUGAAUGAGAGACAACCUCAAAGGCCUUGUGGUUGUGUGGGCAUUUUCUUUCAGAUCUUUGAUCGGAACCGUAGAUUUGCCAAUAAGCUGUUUCCAAAGAAAAGGGCUAAAUUAUUUCUUUUUUUGUGCUGCAUUCUUAUAGCUUGCUUGAAACAAGCUUCAAAAAAGUUUAGAGGGGAUGAGAAGCAGCCAAAGCUUCGUUUGAUUGCUAAUAAGAACAGUGGGGGUUUUCCAAAGGCAAAGAAUAAUGGAAUGACCGAUACACGUGAAAGCAAGCGCGAAAUGAAAGCUCCAAGUUUGGUUGCUAGGCUCAUGGGUUUGGAAUCGAUGCCAGCAGGAUCAGGCAGUAAGCCCCAAAAGGCUUCAGCUUCUGAAACUUGGAGCAAUGUGGCCGAAAAACUUGGUGCUCGACCAGGCGGAUCUUAUAAAGAAGAUAUGGAUUUUGAGAUGGCCGAAAUAAAGAGUUCAGAACCAGGUUUUCAAAGGUUUAUAGCUAAAUGUGCUCUCACUUAUCCUACAAGAUAUUUUUCUCCUUUGGAAGAUGAAGCAGAUUUAGUUGGGAAUUCACUUGAUCACCAUUCAACAGACAGCUACCUCUCCAGCAGUCCCAAUAGUAACUCAAGUAUGGUCCCUGAUUCGACAUUUUACUAUUUGCUUAAUUCCUUUCUUUCCCUCAAAUACAUAAAUUAAAAAAAUAAGACAACUCUGAACUUGGAUUUCAUGCAUCCAUGCUUCUAAUAAAUAUGAUGCUUGAUUUCUUCCAGAGGACAAAGUGCUUGCUGAAUCAGUGGACUCUGUUGAUGAUGAACCACACUUUCCAGAACCUGGUAGAGAUCUUUCGGAUUGUGAGACCUCAUUAUCCACCAGGAGGAGUUGCAGAGAACUGAUUCAUAACGUUUCUGGAGUGCUCAGCAAGAUUAAUCAGUUAAAAGGAAGCAAACUCAGCUACGCAAAACAGGUCAUUUUGAAUGCUGAACUCAUAUUUGGAACUACACCUCAACAACAGGCUCUCCCUGUAGAGGAUGGGUUCUCUGUGAGCCAUUUUCUCCUCAAUGAACAUGAAAUGUUU